CACAUAUACUAUACAUUUUCAGUACUGGCAGUUAAUAUCGGAACACAGCCAAUAUACAUUCGCGCGAAAUGCUGAUGUAUUCCGAAUGUAUAAUUUAGGUUGUUCACUUUAAUUUUUGAGAAUGAUACAUUUGUUUGAAGUCUUUUUAUGUAAAAAACAGUUUUAGAAAAUGAUUAGCGUCUUAUGAAGAGUACCUCCCACAUAUAUUUGUUCAAUGACUUCAGUGCAACGUAAAAAUGAGCACUCGGAUAUUAAAUGAUAUUCACAAUGACUUAAAGCGGCUUAUAACAGCGCUUACAUUGUUCGAGGAAGAUGAAGAAGGAUUUCGAAUAUGUGAACGAUUCUGUUUGUCAAAUAUCAAACAUCAUCGCUACCUCUCUGUCAACAGUCACGAGACCAAGGAAGCGAUAAACGCACUAAUCACAAAGUUUUCGAUCCAUGGAAAAUAUGAGGUAGCUAAAACGUUUCAGGAACUGAUCGACUCCUUCUUGUCAAGUUUUGACUUUGAGCAGCAUCCACAGUAUGAUCUACAGUGGUAUUUGUUAACGUUCUUACUGGAUUUGGCCACUGAGACUAACAAGUCAAACUUAGAUAGCUUGAAACUCACGCGUGGGGAACACAGUUUUAACGCGGCCACUGGAAAUGAAGACAGUAUUACAGAAGAAAUAGACUGGGCGCAAUAUUUAAAGGAGGGUCAGGAAAAUUUUUUUUGCGAUUAUAAAAGCGAUGAUAGCGAGAGCGAAUGGUCUGACUUGUCAGAAGAAGAAGGGACUGAUGAAAAUGAUAUUUCUUUGCCAGUACAAGUAUAUAAUACUCAAUUAGAUGUUGCACAGCCUCCUGAAAUUUCUGAUAGUGCAACAGACAAAUUCUCCCUGGCAUUGAUGCAAGAUCUCGAAUCUAGAAAAUGGCUUUCAUCGAAUGUUCAAACUGAUUGGUGGAAUAAUUUAAAAUGUCUAAAGUAUCCCAUUGUUAGACGAUCCUGUGACACUAGUAUCUGUGACAUAUGGCAUGAAACAAAGUCAACCUCAUAUAAGGUAGUCACUCUCAGCGAAUAUCAAGUGUGCAGAGAAUUGUUAUGGAUGUUUUAUGUUCAAACGUCAAUGGUAGUGUUCCAACAGGACAGUCAAUCAAAAUUCUCAAUAUGUGCUGACAUAUCUAUACCAAGUUUGACAACAACUGCUUUUGAAAGUAUCCUUGCACCAUUCUGCAAGUAUUAUUCAAUGAUGUAUGAUAUGGAAAGAUUUGGAGGUGAUUUGCAACCUAUUUAUAAUCAAGAAUCAGAACUUCAGAAUCCCCCUUUAACUUACGAAGCAUAUAAUGCUGCACUUAGGCAACACCUAUACGAAUUUAAGACUGAAGUAAUUAAUAUGGAAAAGGAUAUUAUGAAGCAAGAAAAUUGCAAUACGUUUUUAUCUUUAUCAUCCAAUCUGAGAAGACAUUUAAAUACUAUAAAAAUACUCUAUGAUAUACAUCGGAAUAUUAUAAUUGAUUGGAAAGUUAGCCCUAAUUGGAAAUGCGCAUCUCGACUGUUAUCAUCUUUGUAUUAUGAGAUGCAAAAUUCUCAUAAUCGUGAAAGAACAAAUAUUUGUAUAAAUUUGUACCUGUGUAGUCUUACUGUUUAUCUUAACAUAAUUGAUACGUGGCUGAGUAAAGGACGAUUAGAAGAUUGGCGAGAUGAAUUUAUAAUUGCAAGGGUUAGCGAGGAUAAAGAUGAACAAACUGAAAAAUUUACGAUUCGACUAUCCGAUGAUAUCUGCUCGACAGAUCCAAUUAUGCAAUUCUUAUUGCAAAAAGUACAACAUAUGGGUCACAGUAUUGAAUUACUUGUUUCUCUAGAUCGAAUUGCUGAUAUAUGGAGAAUGGACGAUGAGGAUAUAAGGAAUGCAUUGAAUAUCGAGCUGCAAAAUAAAUUAUUAUCAGAAAUAUCUAAAUAUAGUCCGUCAGUGGAGGAGACAGACAUUGCGCUGCAAAUAGAUAAAAUAUCAUUACAAGAACACGAUGCCGAUAUUGAAAAAAAUAUAAUACAACAAUUGUCAGCUAUGCACAAUCCGUUUUUCAUAAAAGCUAUGGAAGAGUACAUGCCAUGUGAAUUAUAUAAAAAUGAUACCGUAGAUGCUCGUAUGCAUAAUACUCAUAAUUCCAAAGCAAAGCAAGGCCAGAUACAUAAUUUAUACAAAGAAUUACAAAAGAUAACAUAUAUAUUGCCAAUGCAAAACAUUUUGGAGAAUACGUUGUCUGAGAUUUUAAUUUUACGUUACAACAGUGCUAGCAAAUUAGUGAAAAAUAUUAUGAUUGAGGAAUAUAAGCUGCAAACACAUUUAAAGCUACUGAGGUUUGUUUAUAUGAUGGAAGCUGGACAUGUUAUGAAUAAAUUCUAUCAAAUCUUGUUUCACGAGAUUGAAAAUAAUCAAAUGUGGGCUAAUUCGUAUUUUUUGUCGUGUAUUGUCGAAGAAGUAUUCUCUCAAUAUUGGCCAGAUACAAGUUCACGUUGGUCGAUCACGGUUCACGGCAAUAUCACUACUCGUCAAGUAUUACAAGCUGUAAAUAGUAUAACACUGAAUUAUACAGUAGAAUGGCCUAUAAGUUUAGUGUUGACUAAAAAAGUUUUGGAAAAGUACAAUGAAAUAUUUAGAUUUCAACUGAAAUUGAAGUGGGCUCUGUGGACAUUAAAUAACUUGAGAUUUGGUGAUCUAGAGGGUUCUAGGUCGCCAAGUGUAAGAGACAGAUUGGAACAGUUUCACAUAAGACGUCUCGAGUGCUUAAGAUUUUGGUUGCUGCACGCAAUAGGGUCUAUACAUACGUACUUGUCUGGUCAAGUGUUACAGAGUUUGGGUUUUAUAUUGGAAAAAAUUUUGAUUCAGGCAGAUAGUCUCGAUACAAUUAUAUCAGUGCACAAUGAAUACUUGAACAAAGUUCACGAGCAUUGUUUGUUAACAGAGGAAUUUGAAGAUUUGAUGACCACUAUAAAUAAUAUGAUCGAAAUGUGUAUUCACAUACGAGACCGAUGGUCACGUAAAAAAUUAUUGUUAGCUGCUACAGAAUUAGACGUGAUGGAACACAGUUAUAUAAAAUACCAUACAUAUCUUGCCUUAGCUUUGCACAAUGCGGUACAACAUAAGGAUGCGGAUUAUUUGACUGCCUUAAGUUCGGCCUUUAAUUGCAGUAUGCCGUGUACUUAACUUUAUAUUAAUAGAAUGUCAACUCUUGUACCGAUUUAACAACAGUGUGUAUCCCGAGUUUUCCAUUUGGGAUUAACGACAUCAAUUCCAUUUCACUUAUAUCAAUCAUUGCUUUAUACUACAACAAUAUACAUGUAGUAUUUAGUCAUUAGUUUAGAUCAGUACAUUAUUAUUUUGUUCAUGAUUAAUGUUAAUUGUAAUUUUUUAUAUUAAUUAUUUUUUAAAUAAUUGUUGCACAAAGAUCUGUAAUAUUUAUAACAUAAGAACAUUACGCGUUUAUUUUGUAACAUUGUUUUUGUAUAUAUAAGAAGAGAAAAAUAUGUUGCUUUAUUUUUUAAAAUAAAAAUUAUUUAAA